UUACGAAAAACACAGACACGUGAGGUUGUAAACAAGAGAGUGGAUGACGGGCGGCCAUUGUCCGAGCUCAUUGAUAUGAGGGCCUGUUGCUUUCCCCUGGCAGUGUUCGCCACUGUCCUGUUUCUGUGUCAAAGCUACACCCUGAGGAGCUCGGUGUCCUGGGUCGUGUCCUCCAACGACGUGGUGGAGGACGCGGACCUGUCGGAGGAGGUCGCCCCGGCGUUGCUGGUGGACGGCGCGGGGCUGUGGAAGCAGUCUUACCCGUCCUCCAGCGUCCUCGCGGACAGCGUGGAGAGCCCCGGAGAGCUGGUGAAGCCGGAGAGCGACAAUGUGGCGCAGCUCUCCUCUCGCCUGUUUUCAUAUCGGCUGGAGAAGGUGAAGAAGUCCGCCAGCAGCGGUCCUCCCCCUCACCAGGAGACCGCCAGGACUGCCAGAUACAUAGCUCAUUAUAGUGACUGGGGACACCUGGCCACCAUUUCAACUCAAGACAAGAUUAAAGGUCUCCCCUUUGGAAACAUCUUCUCAGUGAGUGAUGGACCGCUGGACAACAGCACUGGAGUCAUCUACUUUUACGUGACUCCGAUGGACAACACCGUAUCAGACCUGAAAAGUAAUCCCUAUGCUUCUCUCACAUUCUCAGAGGCUGAGGGAGAAUUCUGCAGGCAAAUGGUAUAUGAUCCAGAGGAUCCAAGAUGUGCACGACUCACACUAACAGGCAAGAUGGUGGAGGUGGCCCCAGAGGAGCUCGGGUUUGCGAAAGAGGCGAUGUUCUCAAGACAUCCCGUGAUGGCAAAGUGGCCAGUGGGACACAAGUGGUUCUUCAUGAAGCUGGAGCUGAUCCAGGUUUGGCUGCAAGACUGGAUCGGAGGCGUAUCACUCAUUCCCCUGGAGGACUACUUUAAAGCUACGCCUUUCUAAGAAAAUAUCCGUCCGCUGCAUUAUGUCAGUCCAACAGACCAGUUCUGCUGUCUACACCACAUAUGUGGUGCCAAAAGAGUAUUUUCCCAAAUAUAUUUCAAAUACUGAUGUUAUUUUAAUUUGUAAAAGUGGAUUUUCUUCACCAUUUUUCUGUUGUCCUUCAACUUGGUUUGUCACACAGAAUCAGCGAAUCAGUUUCCUGUGGUUGGUGUGUGAAUGUAUUCAAAGUCAAUAAGCUAGUUACAUUUAAUGGUCACAGUCAUUACAGCUGGAGAAGAAAACUAUGUCAUUUAAUAUUUUCUUUAUAAACACUGAUUUUGACAUUUUAUGGGUUUGCAUUAAAAUAUGUGUGCUGUUUGAAAAAUAAAUGAAUGUUGGCACACACAAAUAUUGUGCAUACUGUUUAAAGAAAGUAUUGAUUUGUCUGUUCAGUUCCCA